GCAGCAAGCGCCGCGCCACACGCUAUAAUUACGUACUUCUCGGUGUCAACAUGAUUGACGUGGGCCUGCUGUCGAUGAGUGGCUGGACUGCAGCUGCAAUUGUGACAACUGAACGUGUUCCAUGCAUAUCGUUUGCCAAAUGAUAAGACGACGAGGGGAACAACACGAAGGAACAGCUGUGUGGCGAUUCAGUUGAACACACGUAAAGGAGCUCAUCAGAAACUGGGAAACGGAAGAAACACAAAAGCCAAGUCAAUGUCGCUGCUGACAAUUGUCAGGUUAACAACGAUAUUGCUGCUGUUCAUGCUGCUGCCGGCGGCAACAUUGUUAACAAAUCAACAACAACAACAACAACAGCUGCAACAGCUGCAACAUGCACGCUUCAGGCGUCAAAACAACCCGGAUCAAAAGUUUUCGCUGCCUGCGGUUCCAUUGCCACCACCGCCGCCUUUUCCAGCGGCCAAGCAUAACUUUGCCCUGAAUGCCUUUGCCAUUGGCGAGCAUUCAGCUUCGGCUGGCAAUGGCAAUGGGAACGGCGGCGGUGGUGGCAGUGGUGGCUCCUUCUCUUCAUCCAUUUCCUCUUCGUCCGGCUGUGGUGGCUUACUCAAGUCACGCUAUGGCCUCAUUCAAACGCCAAAUUUCCCGCAUCGCUUUGCCACGCCCAUCGAAUGCGUUUGGAUAAUUGAUGCCUCCGAGCUGCCGGCCACCGCACAGGGCAACGUCUCCAUUGUGGUCUAUCUGACGCAGCUCUAUGUGCUGGGCGGGCUCAAAUUCACCGAGUACAUGUACUACUCGGACGACUUCAAGGUGCCCGCCCAUCGCGUCUUCAGCCUGACCGAGGAGGAGGUCACCCAAGUCACCUGGCUGCAGUUCAACAGCCAAUACCUGGAGAUACGCUUCACCAUGGCCACGCUGGACGGCACCCAUUUGCGGGCUCUCGAUCGACUGCUCGACGUCUACGGCUUCAAUAUCACCUACGAGGUGCAGCACGAGGUGAAGGCCACCCAGUGCAAUACGCUGCAGUGUCGCUUCCUGGGCGACUGCUAUGCCAGUGCCGAUUACAGCUCAUAUGCGUGCGCCUGUUUUCCCGGCUUCAGCGGCAGCGAUUGCGGCCACGGGCCGCUCUGCACGGAUGCGCAUACAAAUAUUUGUCAGAACGGUGGCAUUUGCAAGCACAUUGGCGAUGCGGCUAUAACAUGUCACUGUCCCAGUGGCUACAAGGGAACCAAAUGCGAAAUACCCGAAAUAGUGGAGGCGACGCAGGGUUGCAUUGGAAAUGCCAGCGUUAGUAAUUGCCAUCGUGCAUGCGAAUUUGACAACGGCAACAACUACAACAGCAACAGCAACAACAACAACAACAAUGGCGCCUCUAGCACCAGCUUGAGCAUUUUGAACGCGCGAGGCAAUCGCAAUGCAGCACGUAGCGGCAAGACCCGGUACGAGGUGACCAUGCGACUGGGCGCCAAUCUGACCGGAUACUAUCGCAAUGCGGAGCGCGAACAGCUAGCCGGCGUCAUGGAGCGACAGCUUUCUCGGGUGCUGCGCAAUUUCAAUAUAACCAAGAUAAGCGAUCUGGAAUUAAUAUCGAAUACCACGGAUCGCCUGGACAUAACAUUUCACUUCUUUGGCAUCAAGGGCGACUCGCAACGGAUUCGCGAGGCCAUCACCCGGAUGGUCGAGCGCGGACGGAUUGGCAACUUUACGCUCGUCUCGAACUUUCAUCACUUCGACGAGAAUCCUCCCUUGAACAUGUUGGACCUGAGCGUCAAUCAGCCGCAGGCAGCUGUGCGCGAGGACAGCGAAUUCAUCAUAUCCUGCACGGCCCAGGGCUCCUCCCGCAUGCAGUUCCAGUGGUUCAAAGACGGCGCCGCCGUCAAUGCCACCAAAGCAACGAGAGAAAUUUGGACAACUGUACUGCCGCCGGAAACGAAAGAUGUCUAUACGGCCAUUUUGGGCGUGACCAAGGCGAGUCGCAUCGACGAGGGCGUCUACAGCUGCAAGGUCACCGACUGGGGCGUCGAGCAGUGCCGCUCGCUGCACAUCCACAUCAAGAGUCCGCCCCGGCUGAGGGUGGAUCCGGCCAGCGUGACGCUGCAGCGCGGCGACUCGCUGCGGGUGCGCUGCCUGUCGCCGGGCAACGACGACAUCAAGCGGUAUGCCCAGCUGGGCUACAGCUGGACGCGCAACGGGGUGCUCUUCCAGUCGGACGCUGCGACGGCCAUGUGGGAGGAUCUCUACCCGGACGGCAGCAUUCUGAAGAUCAACAACAUUCAGAAGUCGGCGGAGUACGCCUGCCUCGUGUCGAACAGCGUGCGGCCGGUGUCGCGCAGCGUCUACAUCAACGUCAUCGAACGGAAUGCUGUCCACGUCUGCCUGGCCGAGUCCAGCUUUGGCGUCCAUUGGCCCACCAGUGCACCGGGCGCACCCAUCAUCACCGACUGUCCGCGCGGCUUCGAGGGGCACUCGCACCGCAUCUGCGAGCAGCGGGACAACGCCGGCAACUCCAGCUGGCUCCUGCCGGACUUCUCCAGCUGCGUGCGGGACGAGCUGCUGCUCAUCUACAAUCGAUUCAGAGCUCUCAGCGCGGGAUUCCAGCAAACGAACUCCUCGAACAUACUGAAGGCCUGCUUCGAGUACACGCUCCAGCGGCGACAGAGCUUCCUGCCCGGCGAGGCGAGCUUCCUCAUCGACAUGCUGCACGAGCUCGACACCUAUUUGCAGCUGAAGGGCACACAACUGGAGCGUGAGAUGGCGGCGGAGAUAAUACUCCGGAUACUGGAUAAAGUCAUGCAGAAUGCGCAAUCCCUGAACAGUCAACAGUUUUCCAGCGAGGACCUAUUCUCGGACCAACUCUACAUGGACAUCGGACUGUCCACGCGUCUGCUGCAUAUCAUGGCCAAUUCGACAAUAUUUGCUUCUGUGAUCUCUUAUAAGAAUCUUAAAAGUUUUCUACCAAAAACUUACUACACGCGUGGCAGCGAUCCCAAGGACUCGGACUAUGUGCUGGCCUCGCGCAUCAUUCAAACUUGGCUGUUUCAAUCGAAUCGCUCGAAUGACAAUUUCCGCGAACCCCUCGACCUGUCCUUUGAAGCCGGCCACGUGGAGAUUAUAUUCCAGCACGAAAGUGUGCCCAAAGCAGGCGACUGGGUCGCCGUCUGCGGGCACGACUACAAGGCAUCCUUUGACUCCACCUGGCGCUCGGAUCUCUGCAUCACAAAGCAUCUAAUGGAGAACAUCACCCGCUGCAUCUGCCCGCUCUCCGGCACCUAUGUGGUCAUGCUGACCAAGAGGCAACCACACUCGUCGCAGUCGCAUACGCCCCAGCGGCCCAUCUUUGUGAUCGUGAGCUGCGCCCUCUGCCUGCUGCAGUGCUGCUGCGCCUUCCUCAUUCUGCUGCCCAUCUGGUGCAAUCGCAAGUGUGCCGUCACCUUUCUCAAAAUGCAGUUUUGCAUCUCCACUUCGAGCGUGAUGCUCAUCUAUCUGUUGGGCUUUAUGAAAAUGCUGCCGGAGAACUGGCAUGCCAUAAUCAGCAGCUCGCUGGCCUCGCUGCUCCUGCUGGGCAUCUCCACGCUGAUUGCCAUUGCGCUGGUCAUACACACGGAGCUGGUGCCGAAGAAGUAUCUGCAAAUCGGCAGCAAACCACCGACACCCACCAAACAAGCGGCGGCGUCCAAGCGCCGCGAGAGUCUAAGUAAUAUUACGCAAAUCAGCAGCGCUCAGUCUCCGGAGGCGAAUGGCUCGAGUUGCAGUCGCAGUCGGAGUCGCAGUCAGAGCCGGAAUCACCCACCGCCGAGUCGGGGCAGAUCUGCCGCCGGCUCCUCGCUGCCAUUGUCUAGCGGCUCGGCGGGCAUACGCGGCGCCAUCGGCAUUAGCUGGCUGCUUCCGCUGCUGUUCGCCAUUGCCGCACCGCUAAUAUGCAGCAUCAUAGGCAAAUGGCCGCGCCACUGGUGGCCGGAGCUGGUCUGGAGGGGCGGCAGGCAGCAGCCGACGGACGCAGCAGGCGAGGAGUAUGGCGAGGACGGCGGCGUCUACUAUGCCACGCAUACGCUGCUCAAUGCCGAUAAUUUACUGCUCGAGUCGGAGGCGCUGCUGGGCAAUGCGACUGGUAGACGUCAGACAGCUCCCACACUGGCUGAGCCGUCGGCCAAUGCUCUCGCCACGUCAGCGUCAUCAAUCACAGUUGGCAGCGAGGCGAACUUGGCCGCUGUGACAGCUGCGGCAUUGACUUGGCCACAACAGCAGGAGCAGGGGCAGCGGCAGCAGGAGAAGCAGCCAUCCGUUGGCUGGAUUACGCCCGGACAUGCCGCGGCAUUCACUUCCGGCACAUCGGCAACUCCAUCGCCGUCGCCGUCGCCGUCGCUGAGCUUCAUUCUGUUCGUUUGCAUCGAUUUGCUGUUCAUUCUGCUCUUCUGUGCGCUGUUUGUCAUUUUAAUGAAGAAGCUCUUGUGGCUGUGGCACAAGAAUCGCAAUGUGCAUGCCCAUCCGCUGGACAAAUUCAAUAUGGCGCUGCGCAGGCGACUUGGCCUACUUUAUCGCGCUGGCGGUUUGCUGCUCGUAAAACUCUGCACCGAUGGCUGCUUCAUCGUGUACGUCAACUCAACGCCGGAUACUUUAUGGGCAUAUCCGUUUGGCAUAUCGUGCAUAAUAUUGGUAAGUUCAGAGUUCGUAUUUAAUUAAC